AAUCUAAGAUCUGCUACAUGUAAAUUCUUGUUAUAUUAUGUGUAUAUUGGAGAACAAAAAGAGAAUGAUCUUCUAUAUUAUAUUUAUAAGAGAAUUCUUUCCUCAUAACGAUUUUGUGAACAAGCAAAAAACUAUAGUCUAUACUCUUUAGUCAGCAUCUAUGGAGAAACCAACUCACGUAGCUCUUGUUUCAAGUCCUGGUUUCACCCACUUGGUCCCAAUAACUGAGUUUAGCAAGCGACUUGUGAAGCAUCACCCAAAUUUUCAUGUGACUUGCAUCAUUCCCUCGCUUGGACCACUCCCAGAAUCUUCCAAAGCCUACCUUAAAACUCUUCCUUCAAACAUACACACCAUCUUACUUCCUCCCAUUAACAAAGAACAAUUGCCCCAACCUGGAAUCCUAAUUCAACUCACUAUUACUUAUUCUCUGCCAUCAAUACAUGAGAUCCUCAAAUCCCGAUUCUCCAAAGACCCUUUAGCUGCCUUGGUGGUAGAUGCUUUUGCGUGUCAAGCCUUGGAGUUUGCAAAGGAGUUCAAUGCCCUGUCCUACUUUUACUUCCCUUCUUCAGCUUUGGUAUUGUCAUUGCUUUUCCACGCUCCAAAAUUGGAUAAGGAAGUUUCAGGUGAGUACACAAACCUUAUAGAACCUAUAAAGUUACCAGGUUGUGUACCAGUCUUGGGGAUUGAUCUUCCGGUUCCACUCCAAAGUCGAUCUAGUGAAGAUUACAAGCAGCUUCUUCAAACUGCCAAGGCAAUGGUUGCAGCUGAUGGGAUUAUUAUCAACACCUUCUUAGAAAUGGAACCAGAUGCUAUAAGAGCGUUGGGAGAGUAUGGAGAUGGGAAGAACAAAUUAUACCCAGUGGGACCCAUUACACAGAAAGGGUCAAGCAAUGAGGCUGAUGAGUCAGAUAAGUGUUUGAGAUGGUUGGACAAGCAACCACCUUGUUCGGUGUUGUAUGUUUCAUUUGGAAGUGGUGGAACACUUUCUCAACAACAAAUCAACGAGUUAGCUUGUGGUUUGGAAUUGAGUUGUCAAAGGUUCUUAUGGGUUUUGAGAGCACCUAGUAAUUCAGCUUCUUCUGCUUACCUUGAAGCUGCAAAGGAGGACCCUUUGCAAUUCUUACCAAGCGGGUUUUUGGAAAGGACAAAGGAGAAAGGUUUGGUUGUGCCUUUAUGGGCACCUCAGGUUCAGGUCCUUAGUCACAAUUCAGUUGGUGGAUUCCUUACCCAUUGUGGUUGGAACUCGAUCUUGGAGAGUGUUCAAGAGGGAGUGCCUUUAAUAGCAUGGCCACUCUAUGCAGAGCAGAAGAUGAUUGCAGUGUUGUUAACCGAUGGAUUUAAAGUUGCAUUAAGGCCAAAAUUGAAUGAUGAAGGCAUAGUGGAGAAGGAAGAAAUCGCAAAGGUGGUAAAGUGUCUGAUGGAAGGGGAAGAAGGUAAAGGAAUGUGUGAAAGAAUGAGAAAUUUAAAAGAUUUUGCUACUAAUGCAUUGAAGGAUGGUUCUUCUGCACAGACCUUGCUUCAGUUGGCUAGUCAUUGGGAAAAUUUCAGUGGGAUUUAGGAAAAUAGUUUUUUGGUUUAUUUUUAUAUCUUGGUCUUUUCUUCGAUAUUUCUAAGUAGUUGUGUUCUAUUUAUUUUUAUUAACUUGAUCUAUUAACUUGUUUUCAUAACAUUUGUUGACAUUUUUA